AUGUUCAUAUCUAUCUAUCUAUCUAUCUAUCUAUCUAUCUAUCUAUCUAUAUCAAUGUGGACAUACUUUUCAGUGUGUCCAUACCAUCUUCCUCAGUCACUUCAUAUCUAUCUACGUCAAUCUGUUCAUAUUUCUCUCUCUCUCUCUCUCUCUCUCUCUAUCUAUCUAUCUAUCUAUCUAAAUCUUUUGAUAUCUAUCUAUCUAUCUAUCUAUCUAUCUAUCUAUCCCAUUGUGGACAUACUUCUGAAUGUAUCAAUCUAUGAAGCUAUCCUUUAUCUAUCGUUGUCUGUUCUGAGCCCCCCCUCUCUCUCUUUCUCUCUCUCUCUCUCUCUCUCUCUCAUUCUCUGCCUGUUUUUUGUUGUUUUUUUAUCUAUCUUGCUAUUUCAGACUCGAGAUCAUGAUAUUGAAAACAAUUUUUAUUAUUACGAGCGUAGCGAUGCGCUACGGAUAGGCUACCUCUUUAAAAGAAAAAAAGAUUUCUUUCUGUUCUGCAUGAACGGAAGCAUUUUAGUGCUGGGCCUUGUGUCCACACUCCUCUGUUCUUUUUGUCACCAAUGUCCAUCCAAUAAAAGGCGAAAGAAAGACUCGACUCCAAGGGAUGAUUGA